AUGCGCCCCUCGUCGUCCUCCCGUCGCUCGGCCUCUGGCACCGCCUCCUCCUCCCUCCACUUCCUCUCAGCCGUCGUCCUCCUCGCCGCACAUGUCGCCACGGCCGCCACCCUGUCGCCCUCAAGCCUCUCGGUCGCCGCCCUCGCCGCCGCCGCCGCCGCCGUCGUCCAUGCGGCGCCCUCCUCGUCGAGCCUGCCCGUUCGCCCUCUGCCCGCCCUCGACCCGUCGGCGAUGAACUCGAACGGCAUCUACGUCGGUUUCCUCCCGCAGUGGGGCGUCGACGAGCCGUCCGACAUCAUUCGCGCCCUGGGCCGUUCCCCGGCGGCCGUGGGAGACUACCUCGUAUUCGGCCCCGACGAUACCUCGUUCCGCCAGGUCGACUACCACCUGUCCGAGGUCCUCGACGCCGCCAAGGGCGACGUCAAGCAGCUGUACAUCCCGGCAAUCUUGUUCAACGGCCGCAUGAACGAGUGGACCCCGGAGUUGUCGACCGCGCUCGCGCAGAAGAUGCGCGGCCUCAACCGCCAAGGCGUCACGGUCUACCUCCGGUUCUGCUACGAGAUGAACGGCGGCUGGAUGCAGUACGGUCUGCAACCUGUCGACUACGUCUCGACGUGGCGCAGCGUCACGAACGCGAUCCGCGCCGUCACCAACGAGACGUUCAUGGUCUGGGCGCCAAACGUCAUGCCCGACGUCGCCGACGACGACGUCCAGGCGUACGAGCCGUACUGGCCCGGCGAGGAGUACGUCGACGUCGUCGGCCUGAGCGUGUACUCGUUCGGCCCGCAGCGCUCGAUCAACCAGGUCCCGCCCGACAACGAGUUCCGCAACUCGUUCCAGAAGUUUUACGACCUCGUGUCGCCCUCGUCCUCGUCGUCGUCCGACAACCCGCUCGGCCUCACCCAGGCGUACUCGCCGAUCGUGGCCGAGACGAGCGCGCCGUACUACUACGAGAUCCCGCCAAGCAGUCGCUUCUACACGCAGCAGGGCGACACCGACAUCACCAAGCCUUUCCCCAACCUCACCAACCUCGCGCCCUCGCUCGCGAGCCCGCCUCUCGAGCGCAGCGACGACGAGCUGUCCGUCAAGGCGACCUGGCUCGCCCAGUUGACCGGCAACGCGACUGCGCAACGUUUCCCAAACCUCAAGCUCGUCAACAUCUUCAACUUCCUCAAGAAGUCGAACGGAAGCUCGGCCGAGGUCUUGGCCGACUUUCGCUUCGUCGGCUCGGACAACGGCUACAACGCGACGGUCGAGGCGUGGCUGCGCCAAAACUUCGGCAACCAAACGGCAUAUGAGCAGGGAUACACGGGCGCUGCAGCUGCCUUGCGGCCUGGCUCGGUCGCGAUCGUCGCGGCACUCGUCGCAGGAGCGGUCGCCGCCGUCGCCGUCGUCGUCUAG